CUUAGAGAAGUUCAGCACCUCCACACUGGGCAGUUGAAGCUACCAGCGGAUACUGAAAAGAAAAAGGAGAAGAUAUUCUUCAAAAGUUUUGUGACAAACUCUCAGAUUAUCUUGUGUCCUUUCUUUAAUGAACUGUUAGACAGUUUAUAUUUUCUGUUUCAACAGAGAUACUAAAAUCACCAUGAAGCUGCUGACUGUGUCUGCACUUCUCUGUGCAAUGAUGGCUCUAACCAUGGCUGUUGCCAAGAGUCACCUGGUCAAGAGGUCCAAUGGUUGUCCUCCUGGUUGGACUCGCAUCAGUGAACGCUGCUUUCUCUUUGUUCCAACCGCCAUGAGUUGGGCUAGAGCUGAGAGACAUUGCUUGUCCAUGGGGGCAAACCUUGCAUCAGUGCACAGCAGCAGUGAGAACCGGAUGAUUCAGAGUCUGACUGCCCAUCAUGGCUACCCCGAAACUUGGAUUGGAGGAACUGAUGCACCCGAGGAAGGUAUUUGGUUGUGGAAUGAUGGGACGAGUUUUCACUAUUCACCCUGGUGCCCAGGAGAGCCCAAUAAUGAUCGCAAUCAGCACUGUAUUCAAAUGAAUCAUGGAGAUUCCAAGUGCUGGGAUGAUAUGGGGUGUGAUCGUCAUCUGCCAUCUGUCUGCGCCAAGAAAGUCUAAUGUUUCUUGGACUUGCACUGAUGUAUGAAAUUCCCAUAAAACACACGCUGAUGUAUGAUGGUGUUUGUGCUUCGCUAGCUCUUACUUUAUUUAAUUUUGCAGCAUUAUAUUUUUCCUCUCUAUAGCACCCAAACAAAAUGAACAAUCAACACAAGUUGGGCUGUCAUUAAGGCCUUGUGACUUUAGUGGGAGCAGACUUGUUACCAAAGGAUUGAUUUUACAUUUUUCUUCUGCAGAGAAAACUGUUCUCUUCUUCCUUUAACAUUAAAGCUUCAAACAAGCAUUAAAGCUUCAAACAAGCAUAUCUCUGUUAUGUCUUUUGAUUUGAGGUGUACAUACAUAUUUACCAGGUACAUAUAUUAAUAUUUGUCUACUCUUUUAUACAUGCAUUAGUUCAGUUACCAACUUUUUAAAAACUCAUAACACAUUCAGCAAACCUGGGGAAAUGUGCUAAGAUUUGUUAUACAAGUUUGCAUUACCCAUUUAUCCUGCAAGCUUGUAGGUUUGUAUAUGUGCUGCCAGAUUAAGUGAUGUGAUGACAAUUGAAUCUAUUUUUACUGUGCGAUUUCCUGUCAACAAUAUUCCUACUACAGCAGUCCUGUCUAUUUGUGAGUCUUUCUAUAUAGCUAAAAAAUGAAAAGAAAUUUGUAUACACAGUUCAAUAAAGAG